GCGCCGUCCACAUUUUCCUGCUUUUUAUCGCCAAGCAGGAUCCCCUUUGAGCUCUAAAGCCACUUUCCUCCUGUAAAAGGACACCGUUAAACUUAAAGGGCAGGGAGUUUGCCCGCGCAUGAGUGACAACGACCGCAACAAUUUGCGUUAACAAGACUGUAGGCUUGAAUAAAACGAAAAGUGAGGCAGUCCGACAGCCGUUAUUAGGUAAAGAGAGGCACCCGAGAAGCCCAGAAGUUUGGAAACUUUUUUUUCCGCUUUUCCUCGUUGGACGCGGCUAUCGCAUUCAUUUCAGCUGCACCUGAGAAGGGGAAGGUGCGAGGGAGAAUCAGGCGGAGGAGAAAACAGUUAGCUUCACCAAAAUGCCCAGAGCGUUCCUCGUCAAGAAGCCUUGCGUUUCGCCCGGGACGAGAAACUGGAGCGAGUUACCCGAUGAGGAGCGAGGAGAAAUUUAUGUUCCAGUAGGAUUCUCCUUGUAUGCUGAAGAGUCAGAAGCAAGUCCUGCAGAAACUGCUUUGUGCCUCUCAACACGUCCCAGUGACCUGUGCGAUUUGGCCUUUCGAGCAGAGCUGCCUUUACGUGCUGCUCAGGGAGCAAGUGAACUGUUGGAGGUCAGCAAUACACCCACAAAGAAAGACAACACAUAUAUUCGUUCAAAAAUCAAGGUAACCAGUGGGGAGCUGCCAACAGAUGCUUUCAUCUGUCAUAUCUGCCAGAAGACCUUCCAGUACCAGCGUAUGCUGAACCGCCAUAUGAAGUGUCAUGUUGACAUGAAGAGGCAUUUGUGCCCCUACUGCAGUAAAGGGUUUAAUGACACCUUCGACCUCAAAAGACAUGUCCGCACCCACACCGGUGUCCGCCCAUAUAAGUGCAACCUGUGCGAGAAGGCCUUCACACAGCGCUGCUCACUCGAGUCGCACCUCAAGAAGAUUCACGGUGUGGUCCAGCAGUAUGCCUACAAAGAGCGGCGCACCAAACUGUACGUGUGUGAAGAGUGCGGUUACACUGCCGACAGCCAGGAGUCGCAACUGAAGCACAUCCGUGAGGCGCACCCCGACAGCCCUUUACUGCGUAAAUCGUCCAAGAAGCUGGCAGCUGCUCUGCACUGUGGCUCCCCACUCAUGCUUGGAAAUGAAAGCCCAGAAUGAGGGCCGCUGGGAGUGUUUGGCUUUUUCACCACCAGGGGUUGCAUCCAUCACUUCCUGCACACAUUCUUUUUUUUUUUUUAAACCCAUUUUGUGUGCUUUUUACUCUUUGUAUUUUUAUAAAGACUUUGCCCAUUAAUUAUUUUUUGUUGCCCCUUAAUAAACAUUAAACAGCCCCUUGAAGUGCUGAUUGGAUCGUACUUUGGCAGCAUCUUCUUGGAGACAUCAUUAGUUUGGGUUGCCAACAAUAGAGUUGCACAUUUGAUGGGGAAACUUGGGAGUGGUGUUAGGGGAGUUAAUAUGAGAAAAGCACUUGAAAAGCUAAUAGAGAGACUCUUAAGGAGAAUGACCAGUAAAAAGGGAUUUAAAGACUCAAAUAUUUAUUUUACAAAAUUAUGACAAGUGCCGACAUUUGAAAAAUUACUUUCAGAAAUCCAUGUGCCUUUUAUUGCCUGAAAUCUUUGGGGCAAUUUAUCCUUCCCAUAGCUUAGUCAUUAGUUCUCUAGGUCUUUCUGUUAUAAUGCUUUUAUUUAUUCUUUUAAAUAAAGGGUAAAGGCUUAUAGGGAGCAAAUAUCAAGCAAGUGGCAAUUCUGGUGUACUAAGGUGGCAUCAUAAUUUAAAACAUGAAGAUCUUUGUGCUCAUUUUUCUGUAAUUUACAGCUUGUCUACUUCUAUCAGACUUUAUCCAUAAGAUGUGAAAAAGUUGUUCUUGUGCAGAAUGGCUGCCCCUCCUUUUACAGGCAGAAGAGGCAGUGGGACCAUCAUAUCUGCACAGGUUGGGUUUACUUUUAUUUGUUUUGUGGUCAAUUAUGUUUUUUCUCUAUGGCAAAAGCCAUAACUUGAAUGUGUUUGUGCUUAUAAUUUAUUGGGGUAUUGAACUUCUUGUGCAUAUUUUUAAUGCAGUCAUGAGUGUGUGUAAGGUUCUAUUUAAGUAACCUUGUCAAAAGCUGUAGGUGGAUGACCAUAUUUUAAGUACAUUAAGCACAGCUAGGAGCUCCAGUAAUUUCUCCAUAUAUAAUAAACAAAGUCCUAGUUUACUCUACAGCUGCUUCAUUUGCAGUCUAUUACCUACUUGUACAGGCAUAAUUGGACAUUCAAUUAAAAAGGGACAAUGACAAACUUAGUCAGGAAUGUCAGAUAUUGUGAACCCCAGAGCAUUUAAACAUUUAAAUACUUCACUCUGUUUGUUCUGCUCAUCAUUACAUUAGUUGCUUCGGCUUUGCUUUUCUUGGGAGCCCUUGAACUGAGAGGCUUAUUGACAAGACUAUAGACGGGGAGCACUUGAGGAACUUCAAGGAGCACCACAUCAGGUUAUUAACAUCCUCCCUUCUGGGGGGUUUGGGCUUAGAAGGGGUGGGUCAUCAAAACAGUGCUCUGUUAAUAGGUUCUGCUGAGGCCGGACGAUUGUUUAUUAACAAUUGCAGAAUUGGCAUGAGUAACUGCAACCGUCUUGCGCUCAGGGAUAAUUCUUAAUGAAUUAAAUAAGACUAGAAACUUGUGAUGAAAGUAAGGGAAUUGAUAUUUGCAUUGUUUGAUUAAAUAAAGGGACACAUGUACAUAUAUAUUCGAUGUAAAUAUAGGGAAGGAAAAAAAUAAAUAUAACAUGAGUCCCGAAGACUCCAAGCAAUUGAUUUUAUUUUUUUUUUAUGACCAUACGAGACAAAAGGUAAUUUUUUUUUUGUAUUUAAUAAGUAGGCAAAGGAUUGUAUUAUAUUUAAGUGAACUAUUGCAAGAAAAUGUUCAUUUUGUUUCUCCAUUCCUGUUCGGAGUGCGUUAACCACAUCCAGCCUGUUUAUAGACUUUCUUUCCUUCUUGUUUUUCUACAUUUCACUGGGUAAAUUGCUUAAGGUGCUCAAAUAAGACACUCCUUGAGCAGUAAAAAAAAAAAAAAAAUAAAAGCCUUAAGCAUCUGCUCUUCAGGAUUUGCAGUGUCUGGUUCAAACUGGAACAAUAUGCUAAAGGGUGUGUGGUUAAAAAAAAAAAAUAAUAAUCGGGGAGUUUAGUUGUUAAAAUGAGGCAUAUACUUCUCUCUUUUUGUACAGAGUUUAAAAAUUUUAUUGAAUCUGAAUAUUUAUUUUGGGGCUGUAAAAUAUUACAAGCUAAAAUGUAUAUGUUUUGGUUAUCUUUCUUUGUUUUGUUUUUUUCUAGCAUGGACACUUUAGAUCUUAAAAUACUCACAUUAAAACACAAUGGAAAAAAAGCUGCUCCUUGUUAUAAGUGGGGAGUAAUUUGUCACCCAAGUGUUUUGUUUUGUUUUGUGUUUGUCCUAUUGUGCUGCUUUGGUGCAAAUGCAAGAAUGAAUGUUGGAAGACAGUACAAUUCUUCUUCAAUGUCAGCAAAUUUCAGUGAUUUUAGCUUACCUUAAAAAUGUAGUCCCAAGGGCCUACCUGGAAAAAGUGGAUUCUUUUCUAUUAUGUAACUGUAAACACUGGAUGUAAUUAGUAUAUUUUUCUAUUUUGUAAUACAGCCAAACUACUGUGUGUGUAUAUAAAAUAUAUUAAAAAGUAGGCCAUUGUGAUAUACUGUAUGUACAGAUUUUAAAAUGUUGUAUUGGUUCUGCUGUUUCUAAUGUUUACAGGGAUUCAUGGAUUCUCAGCCUUGGUUAAGGCAACUAAGUCAUUAAAAUGGUGUUUUUUCUAAUGAACUC